AUGAAAACUAUUCCGAACUACGAAAGGCCCUUGUAUGAGAAACUUCAGCAAAUUAGUCAGUCUUUAUCGUCACUCAAAAACAACCGUAACAAAUAUAUAUCAUCCAAGCAAGUGUACACUAUCUAUGAUGAGUUUUUGGCCACUUUGCACGAGCUUUCGUUAACCAGAAAAGACGAAGAAUUGAAGGGGAUUACGUUGAACUUGCCCACAGGCCUGGACUUGUUGACUGAUGACAUCUGGUCGAUGCUCUCACUUUGCUUUGUCACAUGUGGGUUGACUAAAUUUGCUCCUGCGACUUACCUGUCGUUGGCAAUUGUCUACAAGCUAUUGGGCCAUUUGAAGUCCUGUCAGGUGUACACAAUGGACGAUUUAGAGCCCAUCAGGAAGAGAUUAGAGGAAAUCAAGAAGAUUAUCUUGCAAUCUGAAGAACUGCAGAAAGAAGAAGCGGAGGAAGAAUUGAAGCAAGGGUUGGAGAACCAUAAAACAGAAGAAAGCUUAUUGCUUAGAAACAAAUGGAAUAAAUGUUUCGAAUUGUUGAAUGAAUUAGAGAGUAACUUCAAGGAAAUCCCUACUGACUUGGAACCUAUUUAUUCAAACUUAGUGCUCAUUAGAAAAAGGCUCUUGAACUUCCUUACCAAUGCAUCCACAUCGUCAUCCGCUUCGACAUCUACUUCAUCCUCAUCACAUCCAUUAUCUACCACCACCUCUCAAAUAUCGAACAACUUGGUGCCAGCUCCUCAAUCUGAUUCCUUGACACCUUCUCAAUUGAAAGAGAAAAUCAUUGAGUUGAAGAAGAAGUUGAAGGAAAUUGAAUUGUUGAGAGAUUCAGAUGGGUUCUUCCCUAGUUCUGCCCCACAGGAACAGCAAGAUAAAUCCAGCGUGCUCCUCAAUGGGUUAUUGGACGAUUGUAAUAAUUUCUUGAACGACAUAUCUAUACAACAGGAUACACCAGAUAUUUCCAAUUUAUUCAAGAAUUUAAGUAUCAAAGACGGUGAUGAUGGCUACAAGGAAGGGUCCACUGCUCUGGACAGUGUGAUUCUUAAAGAUUUCCAACAAUUAUACUCUAAGCUAUUCGAUAUUAAACAGAAGUUAGAGAAUCUCAUGAUCACUAGGAGAUGGACAAUGAGGGAAACAGACUUAUAUGCGUACUCCAAAAACUUGAAAGAAAUUGAAGAGGAGAGAUUAUCGAAAGUUAACGAAUUCCAUGAGGAUCAGAUUUCAUCGUCAAAUAUCGACCAAUUUAAAAAAUUGCACAUGAUUAUAUUGUAUCUAUUAAGAAGGUGCUAUUCAUUAAUUUAUAAAUUAUUGGAAAGUUCGCAGCCAGUCAGCGAAUCCCUACAACCCAUACAUAACCAGUUAUCCACAGUUCGUAGGUGCUUAUUGGAUAUUAAGAGAAUAGAUGGAUUAAGCAAGUUGAAGGAGUUGUAUCCAUACCAAUUUAAAUUGGCAUCCUUAGAUAAUUUAAGGCAAGAUGGGAAGUUUUAUGUCAACGGGAGUAUACCAGAGGGCCAGGGGCUAUUAAAUGCGUUAUUGGCGGAAUGUUUUGAUAUUUUACACGAAUUGAAAAUAGAAUUAGAGGAGAAGGAGGAAGAAGAUGACGACGACGAAGGAAGAGACGAUGAUGCCGCCAAUGAUAUAACGGACGAGGAGGAUAUCCAAACAGAUGAUGAAGUGGAGUUGAAGAGGAAUAGAUACGUUGGCUUUAACGAAGCAGACUAUGAUCAAGAUAGCGACGACUCAGUUGCACUGGAUUUAUCAGAUUAUGAAUAUGAGGGAAAUGAUUAUUAUUGA